AUGAGAAAGAGGCGCCAUGUUUGUUGAAAACGUAAACGGAAAAGAAAGCGGCUUUUUUUAUAUACAAGUUCAACAGAAGAGGACGUAGUAAACUUUUGCUUCCAGUAAGAGUUAUGUGAGUUGUGCUAACUUUUCUUUAUCUUUUCGUCAUCACACCAAACAAAAAACAUGGCUCUGCCAACUGAUAUUUCAAGAUCUUUUCGACUUUAUGUGACCCAUGUGGAUGGUGAUCAUCGUUUGCUGCGAAUAAGUGGUCAACUCGAUCAGCAAUCUUCAUUGAUGUUGGAAAGUUUAUUUGAGGCAGCCCGCGAGGACUUGGAAAACGGCAUUGGCGCCGUGUCCCCGGCAGCUAUUCAUGAAGGCAAAAUUUAUGCCGCGAAAUACAAAGAUGGUACGUACUACCGAGCGAAAAUUAUAAGCACAACGGAUCUUGCCCGCGGCCUAGUUGGAGUACAUUUCAUCGACUAUGGUAAUAAAGAUAUGAUUUCUCUGAGCACUAUAAGACUUCUGGAUAGCUACGACCCUUUGUUCCUUCAGUUGAGAGGCCAAGCGGUUGAUUAUUACUUGGCUCGAGUGGCGCAUCCACAAGCAAAAUGGGAGGAAACACUGCUAUCAAAACUUCAGAGCUUACUCUGCUACAAUGAGUAUCCUGCAACUAUAGAGGCACAUACACAAACUCUGCCUUUAAUUGCCAUUCAAUUCAAAGGCACUGAUCUCUCAAACCAUUUGGUUACAAGCAGAUUUGCUCUAGCAGUAUCUAUUCAGAAUCAGGAAGUUCAAGUACUGCAAAUGUUAACAGGUAGCAAUAAACAAGGGGCCAACUGGCAGCCAACCUUUGUCAGUGAAACUCCAUCCUACACAGAGCAUGUACCUUUUCUAGUAAAUCAGAAUUUUCCCUCAAAUCCAGCAUCAGCAAUGCGACUGCAGCAAAAUGUAUCAUUGCCAUUUAAUGGCAUCAUGCCUCCAUCUCAGAUAAGUCAAAGGUUGUUAGUAAACAAGGUCCCCAGGAACCAAGUAAACCUUAAAGCUCCAAUGCGCCAACCGCAACACGCUGCACCUAUGGCAGCACCACUGGCCGGGACUCCACCUCAAACACCGGUUGCAAAUAAGCCCUUGUCUCCAAAGAAAUCUACAACAUAUAAAAGUAGAUUGCUAGAAGUAGGUUCUCAACACAAAGUCUUUGUGUCAUUUGCGGAAGAGGGACCUGAGUUAUUUGCAGUCCAACUUGUAACAGAUGCAAAAAAACUUCAGGAUAUGAUGGAUGAUAUAAACAGGAGGCCUCACAGCAGCCUUGCAGAGCCGCCUAUGAUUGGUACUGUGUGUCUAGGCAGGAUGUCUGGUGACCGGAUAAUUUGCAGAGCAAUAGUAAUGAAUCUUUCGGGAUCACAAUGCAAGCUGUUCUUUGUAGACUUUGGUGACACAGAGAUGGUAUCAUACUAUGACAUCUUUGAUAUCCCUGAAGAGUUUGUGAAGCCAAAUGUUUUUGCUAUGAGAUUCUGUUUGUCUGGAGUGAAAAAAUUGGAAAAGGGGCCACAUUUGAAUGAAACUUUCAAGCAACUUGUGAAUGGGAAAGUAUUGACUCUGAGGGUAGUGUCACCUGAAGGACCUCCACUGAUCCAGUAUGGAGAGUUAUAUUUGGACAACAAGAAUGUUCUGGAGCUGCUGCUGGCAAACAUGAAGGAUAAGCUCCAGUUCAAGUGGAUGGAAAUGUUGCCUUUGGGGAGCAGAAAUUCUGUUCUUGUUUCAUAUGUGGACAGCUGCAUCAAAUUUUAUGUGCAGUUAUCAGAAAAAAUUGAUGAGUUGAAUGCUGUGAUGGAAGCUGUGAAAGUCCACUGUGAGAGCAGUUCAUCUCCUGGAGAAUUGCCGGUGGGCGCUGCGUGCUGCGCAAGGUUCCCUGAUGAUGACAAUUGGUACAGAGCCAGAGUGAGAGGCACCAAGGGCAAGAAAAUAGUGGUUGCUUAUGUAGAUUAUGGAAAUGAGCAAGAGGUUGAUGCUGCUGAUUUAAGGACCAUCACACCAGACCUGAUUAAACUGCCUGCCCAAGCCAUGAAAUGUGCCUUGAAAGGAUAUGAAAACAAACCAGUUGAGACAAAGACUUCAAAUCAGUUGGAAAUGCUGGCCCUAGAGAAGACUUUGAUGGCGCAUGUAGUUGGAGUGCUGUCCAAUGACACAAUGCUGGUCACCUUGGUUGAUGAUACUGUCAGCCCCCCAUUGGACAUUGCUAGGAAGAUGACCCAGCUGUCUACACCGCGGAGCAAUAUUGAGCCAAAAGCAACAACACCGGUUCGUAAGGAGGCGCCCGAGUCGUUCAGUUCUCCCGAAGGCAGCGAAGACAGUAAGAAGAAGAGCUUCAGACGCGAGAAGAGCUUUAAGGACGAACGUCGCCCGCCCCGGGAGACACGGGAGCCUCGAGAGUGCAAUGAAGAGUUUGGUCAAAGAGGAGGCAGCUUCCGCGGAAGAGAGAAUAAGGAAGCGUUUGACAGAUCGGGGCCGGGCCGGCACAGCGAGAAGUUUGGCGGGAGACCAGAUGGCAGGCAGGAUGGCAGACCUGAUAGAGGAGAAAGACGCGGUCCUCCGAAGCCCGCAGUGGGAGGCGACGACGACUGGGAGGAAUCUACCCCCGCGCCCGCCACCCCGCAAGGCUCCUUCCAGCCGCCGCGCCGAGACAACCAACCCAACAGAAGAAAACCGCGACCGGAUCAGCAUCAAGGGCCCCAUCAGGGGCCCCGUCCGGGGUGGAAGGGCAAAGACUCCGGGGUUGGCAAGAGGUUGCGGCAGGCGGCUGAGGCGGCCUCCGCUGACGCACAGAGCUCGCAAAAGUCCUUCUCGAUCCAGGACCGACUCAAACGGAACAAUUCAUUUAACCAACAAAACGACCGAGAUGAUAACAAACAAGAUGACUGGGGCAACAGAAACAACAACCGUCCUGACAGGCGAGAAAAUCGGGAGAAUAGAGAUAACCGAGAUAAUCGGGACAACAGAGAUAACCGAGGUGAUAGACGGGACACCUGGGGAGACAAGAAAGAGAACUUCCAGAAACGAGAGUUUCGGGACAACAAUCGAGACAACCGGGAAAGGGGCGAUAGGACCAGAAGUAACUUUACUCCUAGAGAUCGAGCUGAACGGUCAUUUGGCUCCGACACGGAUAAGAGGUCGGACAAGAGCUUCAAGUCACAAGACAGCGGGGGCCGCGCCGGCCGCGCCCCGCCGUACAAAAGCCGAAGCAAGUUCACCCAAGUCCAAUACAAAGAACUUUCACAACCCGUUUCCCUUGAGACUACAUUUGAAGAGCCUGUUGUCGAAAGCGGCGCUCAACAUGAGGUGUCGGUCACCUGGAUAAUCUCCCCAGAAAGCUUCUACACUCAGAUCUUGUCACUCCAACCCAAAUUCCUCGAGAUGAUGCAUAAAAUACCCGAACUAUAUAAGGGAGUCAAAUCCUACACUGGUAUAGUCCCGGUUGGGGCGUCAGUUCUAGCGAGGUACCCAGCCGAUGGCGUACUGUACAGAGCCACGGUCGUGUCUGUGCAACCGUUUUCGAAAUUCAUCGUGAGGUACGUCGAUUUUGGCAACAAACAACUUGUCGAUGCUAAAGAUAUUUGGCAACUGGAUAGACAACUGAUGGAGCUUCCAAAGAUGGCUGUGCAUUGCUCUUUGCUCGGCGUGGCGCCAAAAGACGGGGAAUGGAAAGCUAACCCUGAGAUUGACUUGUGCUUCAACGCGCCACGAUACCAGUGCGUGUUCCAAGAUUGCCUGGAAGACGGACAAUGGAAGGUGUACCUGUGGAACAACGGCGUCAACGUCGCUGAUACGUUGGUCGAGAAGCAGCUGGCUGUCAUGUCGGAUCAUCAGUCGUCUGUUGCACUGAAAGUUGAUUUUUCAGACGAAGCAAUCGACUUGACGAUCAUCGUGGGUCAACAAAUUCUGUGCAAGGUGACUCACGUUGAGUCCUAUGAGAAGUUCUACGUUCAGCUUGAUUUGGACAAGGCUGCGCUGGUCGAGAGCGCUAUCGCUAACUUUGAUACGAGCAAACUGACGCCCAUAGCAGCGGACAGUCUGACAGAAGGUGUGCACUGCACAGUCAAACAUAACGAUAAGAUCUACCGCGCUAUCUUAGAAGACGUCAGCGAUACUGAGAAGAUACGAGCCGUGCUGCCAGACUACGGAUUCUCCAUCACUACCACAUCGGCUAAUCUAAUGAUUCUCCCGACGGAGCUGAGCGUGUACUACUACCAGUCGCUGGAGUGUGGCCUGAACAACUACACGGCCGACAGCAAGACGCUGAUGACCCUCGAACAGAUGAAAGACAAACUCAUCAACAACAAGUUCAUCAUCUACAUCAACUACGUCGAUGGCAUCAGAUUGGUGUCAACGCUUUACGACAUCGAGACUGGUCAAAAGAUCGCAAUAUUCGAGCCGGAUGAAGGCGCGUACGACGAGGUAGUCCAACUGUGCACGCGCGCGGUCUUCAACUACAACUUCGGCAUGGCGUACAUAUCGCAUGCGGAGAAUCUCAACGAGUUCUACCUGCAGAAAACCUCUGAUACCGACAAGAUCACGCAGCUGUUAGAUGACUUGUACAAGUUCUAUGAAGAAGGAACUCCAACAGCCUUGGAAGGUUUCGAAGUUGACGCACUAUGCGCUGCAAAGUCUUCUGACGGUAACUGGUACCGCGCCACCGUCAUCAGCGCCGAAGAAAACAACGUCAAAGUCCAGUUCAGCGACUACGGUAACUCUGAGACCGUUUCUAAGGACUCAGUCAAGAAACUCGACACGAAAUUCUUUGAACCCUGUGCUCUAGCUCUGGUUGCUAGCCUAGGCCUCGUAGCGUUACAGGAUGACGCUCUUUCUAAACUGACAGAAUGGACCACCGAUAAAGAAGUCCAAGUGACACUGGCUUUCGGCACCGACGGGUGGCUUGCCAGUCUACAUCUAGAUGGCGUUGACUUAUCCAUGAAACUUGUCAACGAGAAGUUAGCAACACCCAAAAUAAGCUCUACUGAAGAAGAAGCCAAGCCUGUUACUGAGACACCUGUCGAAGAACCUACCUCGUUGCCGUCAGGAUGUACUCAAGUGUACAUCAGCCACAUCGACACGCCUGGCCACUUCUGGCUACAAAUGUCCGACAAAGUUGACACAAUUGAAGAGCUUCAGGCAGAUUUACAAACCAACGCCGGUACCUACGCUGAUAUCGAAAAUCGCGAAUUAGGCACCCUGUGCAUUGCCAAAUAUUUAGCUGACGAUCAAUGGUAUCGUGCGGAGAUCCUUGAUUCCGAUUCUGACAUCACAACCGUCCGUUUCAUCGACUACGGCAAUACUGAUGUGUUAGAUAACCAGCCUGGUCUGAUAAAGGUGAUGCCUGACCACCUGAAGGACGUUGAACGCUACGCUCUGAAAUCCAGCGUAAACGCUGUUCCCACAGGCACUGGAGAAUGGUCUGAGCCGGCGUCCGAGUAUUUCACACAGUUAGUUGGUGAUUUAUCAGCGCCAGUCGACGCAUUGUUCGUGCUCAAAGAUGUCACAACUUAUGUAGAUAUUUUUGCAAACGGGCACAACCUUACUGACAAAUUAGUAUCUGAAGGCUACGCUACUAAGGCAGAGGAGCCUGAAUGUGGCGACCUACCGUCCUGCUUCGCCAGCCACAUUAACUCUCCAUCUGAGUUUUGGAUACAACUUGAAACAGCUGCACCGGAACUGCAAACGAUGGAAGCGGCAAUGGUUGACGCUGAAAACUUUCCUGAACUUAGUGAAAAGGAAGAAGGCGUCAUUUGCGCUGCGAAGUACCCCGAAGACGGUGCUUGGUACAGAGCACAAAUUAUUGUCGACGGGUCUGAGGGAACCGAGGUUCUGUUCAUGGAUUACGGUAACGCAUCUAUUGCCAAUGAACUCCGCAGCCUGCCUGAUGAGCUGAAAUCAAAACCAGCUUUGUCUAGAAAAUGUGCCUUACAAAAACCCCGCGACAUAAAAUCUUGGUCGCGUAAAUCUGAAAUUAAAUUCAACGAGUUAGCUGCAGAAGGGGCGACGAUUUUCAACGUCCAGUUUAUUGCGUCUGGAGAUAUAUCUAUUGUAGAACUGUACCUUGAAGGUAAAUCAGUAACAGAAGAGUUGGUAGGGUUGUGCGAACCACAACCAGCGACAGAAAGACCAACGCCCGUCGGACAAGAUUUGCACAGCAGUGGCAAAAUCUGCUAUGUCAAUUCCUUAGACGAGUUCUAUGUCCAGUUAGACGAUUUUGCUGCUGAAAUCGAUAAGGUGAUAGACAGAUUAUCCAAUGCUGCUGAAUUUAAUGCAGCUACCGAAUUGAAAGUAGGAUCACUGUGCGCAGCUUUCUGGGAUGAAGAUGAGCAGUGGUACAGAGCGAAAAUAUUAGAAUUCUGUGAUGGAGGGUAUCACGUACUAUUUAUCGAUUACGGAAAUAAGGCUAAAUGCCAAGAGUUUAGGCAACUUCCUGAAGAUGUAAUCGUGAUAGAACCAGCAGCAAAAUGUUGUCGCUUAGCUGGACUAGGCGACGAUAGUUUGUUUAUUGAAAGCGCUAAAAACAAGCUAGAUGACUGCUCUGCCGAAGCAGCAACAUUCCAAAUUGAAUUCUUAGACAGCACUAAAGAGCCUGCUCUUGUAAGACUGUUCAUUGAUGGCAAAGACAUCUGUUCCAUCAUUUCAGAUAAUGUAGAAGUCCCUGCAUUGAAUACUAUACUGAAAGAAGAAGUUGUCGUAACACCUGAAGUGACAACAACUGUAGCAGAAACUAGUCAAGUUAAAGAUUCUGAGAACACAAGCGGGGACAAUUUACAAGCAGAAAAGGAGGAAUCCAAAGUGGAUUCCCAUACAGAGUCUGUAAAAGAGCCAAUAACCGAGGAAGAUAAUAAAGAUGAUGUCGAGGAAGAGAGUGAACUAAAUACGUCCCAACAAGAUCUGAACGAUAGCGUAGAUAGCAGUAAUACAGUUAUAGAAAACAAGUCAUUUGAAGCGAAAGCAGAAAGUUUGAAUGACGACUAUACGGAAGAAACGAAAGAUACCACUUCGUCUUCCCCCGAGAAAGACACCUCUUCGGAUACGCUAGAGAAUUCCAAUGACACAAUGAAAACUCCCGAAUGUGACGACUCGAAAGACUCCCUGAACACAGAUACGGGAUAUACCAGUUGUGGAGAUCAAGAUAAAUCUGCAACUCACGAACAAACUAGUUCGCCAGUGAAAGAAUCCGACUCGCCUGUAAAAGAACCAGUCUCUCCUGUAAAGGAGCUAGUAUCGGCUGUUAAAGAACCAGUCACUCCUGUCAAGGAACCAAUAUCGUCUGUAAAGGAACCAGUGUCGCCUGUUAAAGACCCAGACACUCCUGUAAAAGAGCCAGUCUCUCCUGUAAAAGAGCCAGUCUCUCCUGUAAAAGAACCAGUAUCGCCUGCUAAAGAACCGGUCGAAGAAAAUAUUGAGCCAGCUAAGGUCGAUGAAAACAAAGUGGAGAUUGAAAGUAAAGAAAAAAGUGGGGUAGUUGGAGAUGGUGAUAAAGUAGAGGUUGAAAUUAAGGAAAAAACUGAAGAUAAUAAAAAUGUUGUAAAUACCGCGGUCAAAUCAGACGAGUGAGUUGUGAUUUUGUUUACCUACUUGUAUUAUAAUGUAACUAUCGAACUUAUUGCAAAGCAAUGCAUUUUGUGAUGAUUACUUCUUAGUGUUUAUUUACUAUUCAACUUCGUGCCACCUACACUGAUGGUGUUUAGGGAAACCACAACGACUGAGUUACGUAAGUAUUAGGAUGUUAAUGAAGGUGGUUUCUCUAUUCAUUUUAAAGCAUUUGACGUUAUUUUAUCUUUAAUAUUUAAGUAUUUUUAUUCAAGGUGCGUUGAUUUUUGUUGAUAUGACGAUUGUUUUGAUAAUUGAUUGAGUGGAGGAAGUGUUUUCGAUGGUUAUUAUUUUGCUUUAAAAAGUGAAGACAUUAUUUUGUUCUUUUCAUAUAUUUUUGUUAAAAACAAUGGUAAUUUAUCCAGUAGUUGCGAAAUAAAGCAUUGUGUAAUGUCUUGUAAAAGAUGUAGACGUAAAGAUAAUUCGUGCUAAUACUCAUUUUUAUUAUUGUUUUAUUUUAUAGUAUAUCGUAUUUGUUUAAUUUUUCUUUAUUACUUAUAAAUAUCUUGUGUUAUCCACUCAUUGCGUGGUGUUAUGCAAUUCGCAGUAGCGAAGGGUCGUAAAACACAUUACUAUCAUGUUUGUUGCCCAUGCUCAAGAAGCAGCAUAAUUUAUAUAAACAUAGUUAACCAUAGGUCUGUAUUUAUACAAGUGCCCGCAUAUAUUUGUAGAAAAACAAUAUGUUUGUGAUCUUCAUUAUGCGCACUAAUAUCCAAAUACUUUUUUAUUUUCACAAAUUGUUUAACAGCUGAUUAAUACACAUAAAAAUAGUUAUGUUUGCGAAAUGUUUAUUUGUUUUAAAAAAUAAAAGUUCUGUAUAAAAAGUA